GCGCAGGCGCACUGGGUGAGGCGGAUGUGGAGGAGCGGGCUGCUCGAUAUCUGUGCCACUCGGUGGCCAAAGAGCAUUUUGUGCUUGUUCAGUGGCUGCAGCAGUGACUCCAGACUGAAAGUCAGUGACGCGCUCUCAGGAGCGGCGAGCCAGAGGGAGCAAGAGGUGGUGCGGGUCCAGGGUUGGAUACGGUCUGUACGUGCACAGAAGGAAAUUACAUUUUUGCAUAUUAAUGAUGGAAGUUCAUUGCAAAGUCUUCAAAUCGUGGCGCGUCCAGAUUUAGAUAUCAGCAAUGUAACCUUUGGCAGCGCAGUUGAAAUUUGGGGAAAACUGAUACAGAGUCCGCACAGGAAGCAGAGCACAGAACUUCUAGCAAAUAAAAUCAGAUUGAUUGGAUCAUGUAAUCCUGUGGAUUUGCCAUUCAAAAUCAAGAAAAGACAUUCACUUGAAUACAUACGACAAUUUCCUCAUCUUCGUUGCAAAACAAAUGUUUUCAGUUCACUGCUCAGAAUACGAAGUGGGGCGUCUGCAGCUAUUCAUUCAUUUUUCAUGAAUAAUGGAUUUGUUCAGAUACACACACCUAUUAUAACAUCAAAUGAUUGUGAAGGAGCUGGAGAGCUGUUCCAAGUUGAACCUGCAAGCAAAACAGCUGAAAAAUGUAAUCAGACUCAUUUUUUUGAUGUUCCAUCUUUCUUAACUGUAUCCGGACAGCUGCAUUUGGAAAUAAUGACGGGGGCUUUCACACACGUAUAUUCCUUUGGGCCAACAUUUCGAGCAGAAAAUUCCCAAACCAGAAGACAUUUAGCAGAGUUUUAUAUGGUAGAAGCAGAACUUGGCUUCACUGAAAGCUUGAAGGACAUCAUGGAGGUGAUGGAGCAUCUUUUUAAGAGUGUAACUUUUCACAUUCUUUCCAAAUAUCCAGAAGAUAUUGAACUUUUCCACAAAGAUGUGGCUCCGGGACAAAAGGAAAGAUUAGAACGGAUGCUCAAAAAUCCAUUUCAAGUGCUUUCCUAUACUGAAGCAAUUGACAUUUUGCGAAGAAGUGCGGAAAUCUUCAAGUUUGAACCCAAGUGGGGGUGUGACCUACAGACUGAGCACGAGAAUUAUCUGGUGGAGCACUGUGGCAAGAUUCCUGUUUUUGUAAUUAAUUAUCCUUAUGACAUCAAGCCUUUUUAUGCCAGAGAUAAUCAGGAUAAACCUCAACAUACAGUGGCAGCAGUGGAUCUUCUGGUGCCUGGAAUAGGAGAACUAUGUGGUGGUAGUUUAAGGGAGGAGCGACUUAAUCUACUGCAAACCCGUCUAAAGCAGCAUGGUCUUCCAGACACUUAUCGAUGGUAUGAGGAAAUUCGUCAGUUUGGAUCUGUGCCACAUGGAGGAUUUGGACUAGGAUUUGAGCGUUAUUUGCAGUGCAUCUUAGGCAUUGAGAACAUUAAAGAUGUUAUUCCAUUUCCAAGGUUUUCUCACUCUUGCCUUUUAUAGUAAUAGGGGUAAAUCAUUUUACAGUUAAGUAGAUUUCAGAUGUGCUGAUCAGUACUGUUUUGAACUGUACAAAAUUUUAACUCUUAACUAUUAUGUAUUUAUGUUUGCAAUCAGUACUAAGGAAUGUAAGCAAUCAUUGUAAUCAAGGAUCAAAAUAAAAAAAACAUUGAAAUGAAAGUGAAAAUACAAAAAUAUUUAGGGGAAGCAGUUAUUGUACUCAUUUCUCAUAACUGCUAGAAAACUCCACAAUAUACCCAGCUUGUAGCUUCUUAACUCUUCAUCAAAAUCUUGAGUAAAUUCUCACAUCAAAUAUGAAGACAAAGCAAACUAGGCUGGCACUUCGGUGUUGUGCUGAGCAAGCUCAAUGCUGUUGGAGGUGCUGACUGUCAGAUAACAUUUUAAGUGACAGUCCUGACUGCUCUCUAAAGCAAGGGUAAAAGCUCCCGUGAUGUUGUUCUAAGUGGAGCCCUAGAGUCCUGGCAUUGUUAAGAUUACCAAAUGAUUUAGUCAUAAUCAGGCUCCCAUUUGUGGAAGCAAAUUAGGGCUGAAGUGUUUCCUACAUUUAUGAAAUUGCCUACACGUCCAAGAACACUUCAUUGUUUUCAUUAGCCUCAAAGUUUUUCGGGUAAAUUCAGAAAUUAUGAGAAGCACUACAUGAAUGCAAAUAUUUCUUAAUAAUGCAGAACUAACUGUGCCAGAAUAUCUUCACUUUGAUUUUGUAAAUUUCAGAGUUAUUGAUCAUUUUUCCAAUUACUACUUGCCCAUGGAUAGCAAGACUUGUCAACUUUUGUGUGUCUCUUUACUAGGGCCAUUCUUGGAUAAGGGGACGGUGUAAUUGUUGGCCUUAUUUGAGUAAUUUUAUCAAAGUAUGUUUGGGUGUUUAUAAACAAUAAAACUCUGAUGAUCUGCUGUCCUAUUUUCAAAAAUCUUAAUGCCUUGGCAUGUAGGGUUCACCUGGUUCCGUUCCCCAUGCUCCCUGUCGAUUCACUGGACUCCCAUUUCCCAUGCUCCUGUCAACUUGCUGGAGCCCCAUUUCCUGCACUCCGUUGACUCACCUGCUUCACUGAGAAAUUUAUAUUUUGUGUAAUGUAUUAAAAAAUAAUUGUGGUGACAUGGGAGUAUUAUCCAAUAUUCUGGAAAAUCUGCGAGUCCAGCACCAUCGAAGUCUUGAGUGUGCUGGAUUAUUGGAGUUUUACUGUACCUAUUUUGGAUUUGUUAUAUUUAUCCAUUUUUGUUAUGUGGUUUUAGUACAUAUUUGAUUUUUAGAUGAUGUUACUGUGGGCCAUUUGUACCAAUUGUAUUUAUUUUGUAUAAAAUAAGAAUGUGAAUUGUUACAUGAAGCAUAUUAUGGCAGAAGCAGCAGUAUAUAAGUGUGCACCAAAAUAAUUCAGAGGCUUAAAUGGAAUCUGCUGCUUAAGAUGUGAAUUUGGCAAAGGAAUGCAAAGUUUUGUCAAAAAUGUAUAAUUUAAAGAAGGAUGAAUGCAAAGGAACAAGGCAAAAAUGUUCCUAGUUUAGAGACUGAGGCACCAAAAGGGCAAUGCCUGUAUCAGUAAAAGUAAAUGGAGAGUAUAAGAAUGCCAAGGAGUCCAGAGUGAAAAGAACAGACAGUAUGGCAAAUGGAGUUUAAGGAACAGGGAGAGUGAAGCCAUGAAGGAUUUAUGAACAAGUUCAGUUUUUAAGUUUGGUGCAUUAGGCUUGGGAAGCUCAGAAAAGUGACUAAGGAUGUCACUGUAUGGAUUAGUACAUGACGCAGACCCAGAUAAUGUAUUUCUGUUAUCAAUAAAUAUUGUGUCAGCAUCAUGUGAUCAACAAUGCUAUUAAAGUUGCUUUUCUAACCUAAAAGAAGAAAUUUAAAUCUGCUGAAAUCGGCAUUCUUUAUCAGAAGCUGUUACAAAAUGUACAUUUCCUAAUGUACCAUUGGAUACAUUUCAUACUGUAAAGCCAAAAGCUUGUUGAUCAAACAUUUUCUUCACACAUGCCAUCCAUUAAUAUAAGGUUGCUUUGUCUAUCCAAAACAACCGUCAUAUAGAGAUGAAUGGAAUUUUGUCAAACAUGCAAAUCUGGUAAAUAAGGUGAUCUUGUUUACUUUCAGAAUCAGCCAAAGAUGCCAUUGUAGCUCUUGGAAGUAAUUUGAAUAGGAUAAUUGUGGCAAUUCUGGAUUAGUAUAUUUUACAUUCCUUUUGUGCUUCUGUGUAUCUUGAAGAUAAAUGCAUAUUAAAAUAUGUAUGUAUUUUACAUGAUGUUCCACUGCCAAGAUUUGAAGAAUCCAGUUCACUUGUCUGGUUUGUGCAAAGACAUUUAAAUUUGGAGUGGGCACAUCUCUUGGGAUUCAUGGGUUAAAAAGAUUAUGUUAGCCUGGUCACUAUUCAGUUGUUCCUCUUUGGAAAGUUCAUAUGUGGAAGAUUUUGGUGAGGGUAGGGUUUAGCCAUGACACACUUUUGAAAGAAAAGAAAGUUAAAUCUCUGCACAUGAAAAAUAGCCACUUGUGAUGGGUGUCAAAGUUAACUGAUAAAAGAUGGUGUCUUUGGAAAAAAGAGGAGGGAAGGUAAAGAAUAUUGUCAGAAAACUUUAUUUAGAUUAAAUACUAAAAUAUCAAAUAUACACAUUUGAAAACUACAAUUUAUUAUGUGUAUUUUGCAAGUUAAGAAAUAUACUAACAAUUUCCUAUUGGCAUUUUCUUCAAACCUAGGCUUACAGUCCAGUAGUUCUUAAAGACAUUUCCCAACCAGUAGCGUGUGGUCUUUUUUUGGAAAACUAAGAGAGGAAAUCCCUGCCUUUGAUACUGAGGAAAGGAUUGCAAAUGCUGUAGAAACAUUUCUUGUGCUGUAGAAACCUAUCUUGGCAGGUGGUUUGACUUCCUGAAAACUGGAGUUACUCAAAUAUUGCUGGAUGUGCACUAACCUUAUCAAGUUAACCAUCGUAAGAAGAGGGGGGUGAAACUUGCGUUACUCAAUGUUAAAAGUAUGUUUCAAUGGAAGUAGGGGCUUGCUUUCCAAAUGGGAGGUUUGGUAGCCAUGGCCAAGAGCUGCAUAUAAGCAGAUAUACGAGUUUCUAUACUUCCCACUACUUCCCACUGGGGUGUGGCUGGGGUGGAAUGACGCCAAGACAAACUGUUAGAUUUUGCACUUUUUCUUAAAGUGAGAUUUUAACAUUUUGGUGGAACUGUAUAAAAUCAAUCACGUUUAAUAGCUUCUAUCAAUUGCCGUGUUUUAUUUAUUUAAAUUUUAUUCUUAAAAACCAUCAAAGCUACUUAAUUGACCUUGUAAUAUCAUAUAUUUUAAUUUUUGUUACAUUUCUUGAAAUAGCAAAAAUAUAGCAUGAAUUUUUCAU